GCCUCCUCCCGGCUCGGCAGCGGCUCUGAGCGCGGACCCAGCCGGGACGGCCCCGCGCGUGGCUGCGGCACGGCCCGCGGGCGCCGCUCUCCCGGGCGGGGCGCGGGGCGCUGUCGGGGCCGCGCUUGCCGGGCCGCGAUCGGAGGCGCGAGUUCACCUUCGGCCAUGGCCCCGGGAGCCUAGCGGGGCCCGGACGCCGCCCCCGGCGCCUCUGCCCGCAGCGCCGCACCCGCCCGCCCGGAGCCCUCCCUCCCCGGCGCCCGCGUCCCCGGCGCCUCCGCGGGCAGCGCCCCCUCCCCUCCCCGCCCCGCGCGGCCUCUUCCCCGCUCCGCUCCGGGCCGCUGGUUGCACCGCCCGCGGCCUGCGGGAGCGCUGCGCCCGGCCUCGGCCCGCGCCUGCGCCCGCUUCCUGCGCCCCCGGAGCCCGCACUCAGCCCGGCCCGAGGGACCCCGGCCCGAUCCCGCCGCCCGCACAAAAUGUCGGCCCGGACGCCAUUGCCCACGGUGAACGAGCGGGACACGGAGAACCAUACGUCUGUGGAUGGAUAUACCGAACCGCACAUCCAGCCGACCAAAUCGAGUAGCAGACAGAACAUCCCUCGGUGUAGAAACUCCAUUACGUCCGCAGCAGACGAACAGCCUCACAUUGGGAAUUACCGUUUACAAAAAACAAUAGGGAAGGGGAACUUUGCCAAAGUGAAAUUGGCAAGGCAUGUUCUAACUGGGAGAGAGGUUGCUGUGAAAAUAAUAGAUAAAACUCAGCUAAAUCCUACCAGUCUACAAAAGUUGUUUCGAGAAGUACGAAUAAUGAAGAUACUGAAUCACCCUAACAUAGUAAAAUUGUUUGAAGUUAUUGAAACAGAGAAGACCCUCUAUCUAGUCAUGGAAUACGCAAGUGGGGGUGAAGUAUUUGAUUACUUAGUUGCCCAUGGAAGAAUGAAAGAAAAAGAGGCCCGUGCAAAAUUUAGGCAGAUUGUAUCCGCUGUACAGUAUUGUCAUCAAAAGUGCAUUGUUCACCGUGAUCUUAAGGCUGAAAACCUUCUCCUUGAUGCUGACAUGAAUAUUAAAAUUGCUGACUUUGGUUUUAGUAACGAGUUUACAGUCGGGAACAAAUUGGACACAUUUUGCGGAAGCCCCCCCUACGCCGCUCCCGAGCUCUUCCAGGGGAAGAAGUACGACGGGCCCGAGGUGGACGUGUGGAGCCUGGGCGUCAUUCUCUACACGCUGGUCAGCGGCUCCCUGCCGUUUGACGGCCAGAAUCUGAAGGAACUUCGGGAGCGAGUCCUACGCGGGAAAUACCGCAUCCCCUUCUAUAUGUCCACCGACUGUGAAAACCUUCUGAAGAAAUUAUUAGUGCUGAAUCCCAUUAAAAGAGGCAGCUUGGAACAAAUAAUGAAAGAUCGGUGGAUGAAUGUUGGUCACGAAGAAGAAGAACUAAAGCCGUAUACUGAGCCUGAACCAGAUUUCAAUGACACGAAAAGGAUCGAUGUCAUGGUCACCAUGGGUUUCGCACGAGAUGAGAUAAAUGACGCCUUAAUAAAUCAGAAAUAUGAUGAAGUCAUGGCUACUUACAUUCUUCUAGGUAGAAAACCACCUGAAUUUGAAGGCGGUGAGUCAUUAUCCAGUGGAAACUUGAGUCAGAGGUCGCGGCCCAGUAGUGACCUAAACAACAGCACCCUCCAGUCCCCCGCUCACCUGAAGGUCCAGAGGAGCAUCUCGGCCAAUCAGAAGCAGCGGCGCUUUAGCGAUCAUGCUGGUCCAUCCAUCUCCGCGGCCGUAUCGUACACAAAGAGGCCUCAGGCCAACAGUGUGGAGAGUGAGCAGAAAGAGGAGUGGGACAAGGACGGGGCAGCGCGCAAACUCGGCAGCACGACCGUGGGCUCGAAGAGCGAGGUGACCACCAGCCCGCUCGUGGGGCCGGAGAGGAAAAAGGCGUCCACCAUCCCAAGCAACAACGUAUAUGCUGGAGGAAGCAUGGCAAGAAGGAACACGUAUGUCUGUGAAAGGACCACAGACCGCUACAUGGCCCUGCAAAAUGGAAAAGACAGCAGCCUCACGGAGAUGUCGGCCAGCAGCUUGUCUUCUGCCGGCUCCGCCGUGGCCCCUGCUGUCCCCUCGGCUCGGCCCCGCCACCAGAAGUCCAUGUCCGCCUCCGGUCACCCGAUCAAAGUCACACUGCCAACCAUUAAAGACGGCUCCGAAGCUUACCGACCCGGGACCACCCAGAGAGUGCCUGCCGCGUCCCCGUCUGCCCACAGUAUUAGUGCCAGCACCCCAGACCGAACCCGCUUUCCCCGCGGCAGCUCCAGCCGCAGCACCUUCCACGGGGAGCAGCUCCGGGAGCGGCGCAGCGCUGCCCACGCCGGGCCCCCCGCGUCUCCGUCCCACGAAAGCGGGGCCUUUGCCCACGCCCGGCGGGGCACGUCCACCGGCCUCAUCAGCAAGAUCACCUCCAGAUUCGUUCGCAGGGAUCCAAGUGAAGGCGAAGCCAGUGGCAGAACAGACACCUCAAGAAGUGCAUCCGGGGACCCGAAAGAGAGAGACAAGGAAGAGGGGAAAGACCCCAAGCCACGCUCUCUGCGCUUCACCUGGAGCAUGAAGACCACGAGCUCCAUGGACCCCAAUGACAUGAUGCGAGAGAUCCGGAAAGUGUUAGAUGCAAACAACUGCGAUUACGAACAGAAGGAGAGGUUUUUGCUCUUCUGCGUCCACGGAGAUGCCCGGCAGGACAGCCUCGUGCAGUGGGAGAUGGAAGUGUGCAAACUGCCCCGGCUGUCGCUGAACGGGGUCCGCUUCAAGCGCAUCUCUGGAACGUCGAUUGCCUUUAAGAACAUCGCAUCUAAAAUAGCCAAUGAGCUCAAACUGUAAAGGACCUCCGCUUGGCAGGAUCAGGGAAGACACAUCCGAAUGAGGUACAGUUCUCGAGUGUACUGGGUAAUGCCUAACGCGAUUGGCCUGUGAAUCACCCAUGUAGAAUUUGCCCUUAACACGAUAAGGUUAUACAUAGUUAUGAACUGUAAAAUUAAAGUCAGUAUGAACUAUAAUAAAUAUCUGUAGCUAAAAAAAGUAGGUUCACAUGUACAGGUAAGUAUAUUGUGUAUUUCUGUUCAUUUUCUGUUCAUAGAGUUGUAUAAUAAAACAGAUGAUUGCUUCAAAACUUGUAUAGUUGUCUAGAUUUCUGCACAUAAAUGUGCGUUUGAUGCUCUGAGUUGAAAAUAUUCUUCCCUGUUAUUUACAUUCUGGUGGGUUUUUAAAAUUCUUACCUCCAUCAUGUAAUUUUGAAGGUAAUUGUGUCCAGAAUUGAAAGUGCACAGAAGUAGUCUUUACGAUUGUAGCAUGGACUUUUAAAAAAUUAUUUUCAAGUCGUAUUGAAAUUGAAACCAGAAGCUGAUCCCUAGAUCGGCUUUAUUCCACACAAAAUUAUUCCUGCUUAUCUUUGCUCUUAUCCUUGUUACCAGACAAGGUUUAGUUGAGAAGUUAUGACAUGUUUACAGUGUUGGCACUUAGAGUUUUUAAAAUAGAGUCCAUGAAAAUAAGUUAAAGCUUUGCCUCGAGCUAACUAAGAAGUACUGAGGGGAAGUGAAAACCUACAUCCAAUGUCUUUUGAACUUGAAAGUGUUUUCUGACCCUCUGCUCCUCGUAGCAGCAAAAUGAAAACGAAUCAAUCCCUUAUCUGGCUAGUAUAGCGCAAUAGGUUUGCUGCCUUCCCAAUAUCGCAGUGUCCUUGUGGGAAUAUAAUAAUAGCGACUGUUUCAUAGCACAACUCAUCUUCCCAGUGUUGGUCAGUGCAUCAGUUAGGAAAUAAUGCCACCUCAGGAAUUCACUGGCAUUGGGGACGUUUGCCUCCUUCGCCCUCAUCCUCUCCAUCCCCCCCCCCCCCCCCGACACAGUGGUAUCUGUGAGUCCUUAGGAGACUGUGGAGCAAAAUAUACUAUUUAUAACAGCAUAUUUUUGAUUUACGCUCAUGUGGUUGUUCAUUUGGUUCCCACGUAACCUCUCUGUUUUUACGAUUUUGCCAGAUUUCUUGUAUUUAUUCCACCUCGUUAGGCCUAUAACGCGCGGCUUUGUAAUCAGGCGUUUGCCUAGAUUCCUUUCAUAAUGAAUGAUCCCUGCGAUGUAAAACCACUAGUAAAGGUACAUUUUAACACUCGUUACUUGAUACGGAAUUAGCCUUGGAGGUUGACUGUGCAAUGUUAUUGAAUGUUGUAAUGACUGUACUAUCUUCCUACGGGCCCCCUCCGCACACUCCGGAGGCAUAGAAAGUGUAUUCAGAUCUUCCGAGUCUGCAGAACACGACAGCUGUGAUAAAUACUGUAAUUCCAACCUACAUGAGACGGCUCUCGGUAGGGGACGUGCCAUUCAUUCCCGUGGCUUCCAGACUAGGGUGGGUUUUACCGUCUGUACUGGACUGUGAUGCGGCUCUCUUCUGUACGGUUCUGUUCGAACACCAAGUGUAUUUUUUUUUUUUUUGCCUUAGCCAAGGGUGGUGUUUGGAAAACAACUGUUUAGCCCCUUUUUAACCUCGUGUUCAUUCCAGACAAUUGAUGCAAAUUCCUCUCACUUCCACUGGUGCACACUGAAAUUUUACUUGAACAGUUCUCAUAAUAAAGCACUCGUCUUUUGCUCUUUA